AUGGCUAUCGCAGCCGUGGGGCAACUAUGUUCAACCGCGAGCCUCUCAGCCAAUUUGGCCCAGUGUCGAACACUUGUGCGGAAAGCAGUUGAAGCUGGUGCAAAGGCAUUGUUCCUUCCAGAAGCAGCGGACUAUAUCGCCUCAUCUCCGGCGGAAAGCGUUUCACUCGCCCGCCCAGUACGGGAUAACGAGUUCGUCCUAGGUCUUCAAAGUGAAGCUCGAUAUGGUGAUUUGCAUAUUAACGUUGGGAUCCACGAACCUGCAUCGGACGGUCGAGUAAAGAAUACUCUCAUAUGGAUCGAUAACAAAGGCGAGAUAACGCAACGCUACCAGAAAGUCCAUCUAUUUGACGUAGACAUUAAAGGAGGUCCUGUUUUGAAAGAAAGCUCGAGCGUCGAGAAGGGAACUGAGAUCCUUCCGCCAUUUGAUACAGUACUCGGGCGUGUUGGUCUAUCAAUCUGCUUUGAUUUACGGUUCCCAGAAAUCAGUUUGGCUUUGAAACGUCAGAAUGCUCAGAUCAUAACCUAUCCAUCGGCAUUUACUGUUCCCACAGGCAGAGCACACUGGGAAACGCUUCUUCGGGCCAGAGCGAUUGAAACCCAGUCCUAUGUCAUAGCUGCUGCACAAGCCGGUCCGCAUAAUGAGAAACGACGAAGUUAUGGCCAGUCUAUGAUUGUAAAUCCUUGGGGCGAGAUCUUGGCUCAGCUCGGCGAUGACUAUCAGGAGCCGCAAAUCGCCGUCGCGGACAUUGAUUUGGAUCUUUUGGCAAAGGUUAGGAGAGAAAUGCCAUUGCUCAGAAGAACAGAUAUAUAUCCAGAGAUAUAA